GCCGGCUGCCGCGGGCCGGGCUGUGCGCGUAGUGCCCGGCUCCGGCCCCCUCAAGUGCCCGCGGGGGUGGGAGCGGCCUCGGCCCCGCGGAGACGGAGCGGCUGGAGGACGAGGCGGCGGCCGCGGGGAGGAGGAUGGGGGCUAACCAGUUAGUGGUGCUCAACGUGUACGACAUGUACUGGAUGAACGAAUACACCUCGUCCAUCGGAAUUGGCGUUUUUCAUUCGGGCAUUGAAGUAUAUGGCAGAGAAUUUGCUUAUGGUGGCCAUCCUUACCCCUUUUCUGGAAUAUUUGAAAUUUCACCAGGAAAUGCUUCUGAACUAGGAGAAACAUUUAAAUUUAAAGAAGCUGUAGUGUUAGGGAGCACGGACUUCCUGGAGGACGACAUCGAGAAGAUCGUGGAGGAGCUGGGCAAGGAGUACAAGGGCAACGCUUACCACCUCAUGCACAAGAACUGCAAUCACUUCUCCUCGGCGCUGUCGGAGAUCCUCUGCGGGAAAGAGAUCCCUCGCUGGAUCAACCGACUGGCCUACUUCAGCUCCUGCAUUCCCUUCCUACAGAGUUGCCUCCCCAAGGAGUGGCUCACGCCCGCGGCCCUGCAGUCCAGCGUCAGCCAGGAGCUGCAGGACGAACUGGAGGAGGCCGAGGACGCCGCCGCGUCCGCCUCCGUGGCCAGCGCCGCGGCCGGCCCCAGGCCCGGGCGCCACACCAAACUCUAAGCGUCUCCAAAGCCCCCCCCCAAGAGCUGUCUCGGACAGGGGACGGUCAGCUAGAGAAAAGUACAAGAGCACGCGUCCUCUGGACAUUCUGUAUGCAAAGAUGGCUCUCCCCCCCCCAUCCCAGGUUUUCAGCUCAGGAUUAUAUUUGUAAUCAAAAGAAUCACUCGGCGCAGGAGGGAGAACUUUGUAUGAAGCCGCCCUCUGGUUUUUUUUACCCACUUGUAAAUUUGGAUUUCCUUCUGUUUUAUACGAGCUCUGUUCAGUUAUGUUUACAGUAUUUUGUAUCGCUGUUUACAAAUCGUGCAUGGACUCCUGCCACCGUGGAAGAAGGAAGCAUUCGCGGCCCCAGCGGGCGAGGCGGGCCAGCUCUGUAGCCUCCUGGCGGCGGCUGGAGCUGCGGUGGGGCCCCCAGGCACGCGACAGGUCCUAGAGCAGCCAGAGUCACCGUCCCCUGCUUACGAAUGGUCUUUUAGGUUCGUGUCUGGUUUGUCCAUGUUCGGGAUGCAGAGGGGAAGGAACACCCGGGGCUGAGGGCGGUGGCUCGCAGCCCCACAAGGGAGCGCGGUCCCCAGGCAGAUCCAGGCCAGGGAGGUGGGGGGGGGGCGCGGUUGCGUCCCAAAUACUGGUCCAGCUCAGCAGGCGGGCCCCUUCCCGUGUCCGUCCUGCUCAGACACCUCGGAUUCUGUCGUUAAGUUCGUUUUCGUUGAAGAUUCCCUUGCUGGUCACUGAGGAGUAUUUUUGCACACGCGCUGGGGGCCUCACCUUCAUUUUCGUACAUCCACUACCCUCCCCGCCCCGGGCUGCGACGACGGGGGGGAAGGUCCAAGCGACAGCCUUCUGAGUAGCCGUGAGGGGACGUGCAGCUGCUUUCUUACUGGUCGGGCCGCCUGUUACACGAGACCUUGAGAACCGGGGGCUGAAGUGACACUGUCCAGCCAGCGACUCCGCCGUCCCGCGGUCUUACGCGUCGGAGGCCGCGGCUCGUGAUGGGAGUCGUGUCCCCUCAUCAUAGGAAACCGAGUCUCGUUGACUUCUUGUUGGAAGAUAUUCGUGUGUCUUAAAAGUCAUCUUUUUCUGUUCUCUCAGAUGUGUCUCUUACAGAACCUGCUCUGAGGGAGAACUUGGCUGCCGCGGACGAGUCCUCAUUAGCAAGGAUUCGGUGUGCGCAGGCUGCUUCCCGUUUGACCCCUGGACGUAAGAGCCAAGUCAUUACGUGUCAGAUUCAAUUUUUCUGCCUUAAGAAUGAAUGUCCUACAUAGAAUAUUGGAUGCGGCGUAGAAGUUAAUCCGAGGCAGUGACUUCAGCUCUGUCGAGACGGUUAGUUUCAAAGGCACCUGCUCUCACGCAGACUUCUCGAUUGGGUUGUUUGCUGGAGCGCUUUGUGAGGAUCCAUACCUUUCAGUAAAGGACAUUUUUAACUUUUCCAUUCAGCUGAUUUUGAUUCAUUUUUACCAACUGAAGCACACGCUGUUCCUAGGGAAACCAAACCUUGGGUUAGAAGCUUUGACCUGAGGAAAAUGAAGCCACUUAACCUAACUUACGCUUCUGACUGUUCCGUUCUGGAGAGGAAAGCCUCGGCCAUUCUGCCGUUGGUUCUUCAGAGGGUGCAGAGCGCUGGUUUCAGAGACGCGGCCGGAGGAGGGAAGGAGUAUAUGGUCUCUGUGAGAAGCGGACUCGGUUCAGGCCUCAAAAGGAGAUUUAGAAUCAAACACUAAGACUCUGGCCAGGUGUGUGUUCCCUCAGAGGAGAGCCCUAGCGCCAGAAGCCAGGGGAGUGGAAAGUGUCGGAGGCAGUUUGCUUGGGAUUUUUUUAAAUACGGUGGUGGGUGACGGUUGUUUCCUGUCCAUUCCGGUGGACGUGAUUUUAGUCUGCGCUGCUGCCCCGCAUGAAGGAGUGGCCGCCCAUUAGACCGCUCUAGAACGCCAGGGACAUCCCGUCAGUGCUUAGCCGGAGCCCAGCGCCUCGCGCACAAAUGAUUUCUCCAUCGUCCUGUUGUAUUUACUUUCAUCUGCGGCAUUUGGGGUGAAAAAUAGCGUGAAGGGGCCUGGUAGAAAUAAAUACAGGCCUGAGGCUGCUCCUCAUAGUAGCAGUCAGCAGCCAAAAUCCUGGGUGCGAGAUUGCUUGCCGUCCAGUGGUACUUGAGGUUGAAAAAGAAAGAAACGUCUUUACUUUGGAAACUCUCAUUUAAACCAGUUCCCCUCUGUAGUUCAAAGUUGCGGUUGGACUUAACGGACUAGCACUUAACCAGCUCUUCCUUGUCCCUUGUUCUCGGCCUGUUCAGAAAAAUCCGUGUCCAUUAGGGUACGUGUGACGUGGCGGAGUCAGAGAUGCUCUUUGUAGUGGGAACCAAGCGAAACACAUUUCUCACGGUGGGUUGGGCCGUGACAGACUGUGGGGGGGUCAGAGCUGCUGGUUUCUGUUGGUUUUCAGUGCCCUUGCUUGGGUCGGUCGGUUCGUUUUGUCAGCCCGAAGAAGGGGGCAUCGGCUUUGGAAAGGGGCCUCUGGAAGUGCAGGAGGAGGCGCGGAGAGAGGCUCCGGCGGAGGCCUGCCCCCAGCCGGCCGCCGCUCUGACCCCGGCAGUAGCGCCCAGCUCCCUUCACCAGCAUCUGUACAGAGCAGGGAGGCCCGGGGUUCGCCGACGGGCGCCUUCGUGUGUGCCAGAAGAGUCCUCGCUGCACGCGCUGCGGGACUCCGUGUCCGUGGCUUCUCUCCCUCGCGAAACGGGUAGAAACACACUCACUGCUUCAGGGCUCGAAUCUGUGUUGUCUUCUUAUGGCUCCGUUUCUGCAAGAUUCUCGGUCGUUUCGGUCCGUGCUGUAUCUCCUUUGGGUUUUGUUCCGCCAGCUGGCCACGCUGCCGCAGCGUCCCCUUCCCUUCCGUUCGGUCUUAGGGUGCGGCUCAGUCAUCAGACUCGCCUUGUCUCCGCAGUCCAUACACAUCUUCACUGUUCGAGAGGUGUUACAGCUGUUAAAGAAUCUUCAUGAACCUGAAGAUCAUUUCUUGUGAAGUUGAAUGCAAAUGUACGGUCAUUCAUAGUGUUUAUAUAUAUAAAAAAAAAAUACCAGGAAUUUCACUUUUGCUACCUUGAUAUAGCAUUGGGCUAUCAUGUUAACAACAUUGAAAUACAUCAAUUUAUUAAAAAAUACUUUUAUAAGAAA